GCCCCAGUAUUUUGUCGUAGAUUUGUAGCCGGAGUCGCAAAUUUAGUGCAACCUCUUUUAAACUUGACCUGCUAUAUUGAACAUCGAAAACUGUUGAAUUGUUAUGUGAGUCACUGCCUCGUGAAGUCAUUCGCGCCGUCCCGAGCUUUGUGAAACCGGAGCUGCCUUCUUGACCUAGUUCCUAUUGCACAUAUAACCUUAUCGUAGUGUCUACUUGCCGUAGGAAAUUAUUUGAAAGUCUAUUAAGUAAAAUAAUAGAAGAAGAAGAAAAUAAACAAGAUAUUAAAGAAGUAAAAGAAAAAAUAGAACAUGAACGGGCUUAUCAUAACAUUUAUUCUGCCAAUUAUCCAAUUAACGCUUUCUAAAGACGCAAUUCAAGAUUUGUCUGUAUACAACUAUCAUACUAAAAUUGGUAUACCAACAGCAACGAAAAUUAAAGAAUGGGAAGAGUCAUUGGACAAUAGAAAAAGCCAAAGAAUAGUCGGAGGUACAUUAACAGAUAUUACUGAAGUACCUUACCAAGUUGGCCUUAUCGUUACAGUCUUUAAUAAUUCCAUUUCAUUGUGUGGCGGAUCUCUAAUAUCUAGUAACAGUAUAAUAACAGCAGCCCAUUGUUAUUUUGAUGGCAAAGUCACUGCUGACGAGUUUACCUCUAUUCUUGGUUCCAAUUUGAUAUUUAGUGGUGGUCUCCGAAUACUGACCAAUGAUAUUACCGUCCAUCCUGAUUACGACGUUGAAAUGAUUAGUAACGAUAUUGCUAUUAUUAAAAUACCUGAUGUUAUCUUUUCACAUACAAUUCAACCUAUUGCUCUUCCUUAUAAUGAAGAGUCUGCUGAAAGCUUUUCAGGUCUUAUAGGAAUUGCAUCUGGGUACGGUCUUCUUACUGACGAAAACAACGUUAGUGCAAAUCAAUCCCUGUACUCAGUUGAGGUGGAAAUCAUCUCAAAUAAUGAUUGUUCAGCUUCGUACGGACCGUAUAUCACUGGAUCCAGUAUUUGUACUAGUGGAAAAAAAGGCAAAGGCACUUGCAACGGUGACUCCGGAGGACCACUAGUUGUUUUUAGAGAAAAACGAAAUAUUUUGGUUGGUGUAAUAUCAUUUGGGACUGAAGAAUGUGAAUUAAAGUUUCCAUCAGCGUACACAAGAGUCACAUCUUUUGUUAACUGGAUACAAUCUGUUGCUGAACUUGAUUAAAUAUUUCUAAAGCAACAAACUUUGCUGUUUUCAAUUACAAUACACAUAGAAACAAAUGAUAAUCAGACAGCAACGACGCCAUCUGUCGAAAAUACAGCGUUUUCCUUGAAACUAACAAAUCUAUAUCAAAUAGGGGAGAGAGUUUGAAAAAUGAAUCAAGUUAUCAGAGCCGAGAGCGAAUAAUUGAGAGGCACAAUCGAGAUAUGAUGGAUCUCACACCUCCCCCAUCAAAUACUCUCCAAAGGGUAAAUCUAUAUUUAAGUGCCCUGGAGUCCCCACUUAGCAGGGACCUUUCGUGUAUUGCGCUUUAAUCGAACUCAAGUGUUUUUAAUAUCGAAAAUUAAGUGCAAGUUCUAUUGUUGUAUUUUGUUUCAUCAGACAAGGUACCUACUAGAUAAGUUCCCUAUUUAACUCUCUAAAUUAAUACACUAGUACAUUGUAUUUUAAGGUAAAGUUUAAGCACCCUUUUCUUAGUAAGUUAUCGCCUUUCAAUGUUCUCAUUAAAUGAAAAUAUUGUAGAAAUUAAAAUUACUUCUAAAUAUAUUUUUGCGUGCUAGUAACUUUCACCAAAUAUUUUUUUUAAAUCUGGAAAAAGAACAUAUUCAACUCGGAUGAGUUCAGAUGGAAUACUCAGAUAGAGACAAGAUAAGACGAUAAGAUGAAGAAGAUAAGACGAAGAGUAUGAAGAGCCCGUAAUUACAUUUUUAUGUUGUCGACGACCGAGCCACUAAUGCCUCUACAAAUGCGAAUAUAAUAGACCUUCGAGGAUGCGGAUAUGAUUCGACCCAAAGAUUUUUUCUCGGCUCUAGAUUCAGACAUCAAAAUAUAACAUACAGAUAAUAUCAAUGGUAGUAUAGUAUAGCCUAGUGAUAAAAUGUGAUUAUAAUAAAGUAUAUCUAAGCGUAUAAAAAAACUGAAUUAGAAUAUUUUUAAAGCUACAAAUGAAUU